UCAUCACUUCCGUUUCCGUAUAUUGAACUAGAUCAAUCUUGUAGGGGUUUUUUAAAUCGUUUUUUUGGUGUUAUUCCAGCGCUCUCAGGGUACUUUUAAAACGCGUGGAUGACAGAGAUGAUGACGGGACCUCCCCACUGAAAACACAAUGUAGGACAUAUAGGUGAAUGCGUUUAUCUGCUGUAAGUACAGUUUGUCUUGCUGUAAGUGUUUGACAGCGAGGAGGUGUUUACGAUGGCUGUGCUGUAACAUCAGUGUGACUCAGGUUUGGUGCAUUGCCUGGUGAUGAUGUGCUGCUCGGAUGGGGUUAGACACGGAAGAUCGUUGCGGGACGUUAAAACUUCCACACUUUGACUAAUGACGAUCGCAGGCACCGACUAUUUCCAUCUACUCUGACUUGCGCACGAAGAACUCCCUUUAAAACCAGGACUGCGGCUAUGGAGGAGAGUACCGAGGAGCUGAGGGAAGAGUGGACCCUGCUCCUCUGGACCACGGUUGCUGUUCUAGUCCCAGUUUUCAUUACACUGUGGUGCAGCUUUCAGCGUCCCAAACGCAAAGUUCAGCUGAAAGAUCUGUUUCGAAAGGGCAAACACGGCUGGCACUACACGGACCUGUUCAACAAGCCCACCUAUUGCUGCGUGUGCUCUCAGCCCAUCCUGCAGGGGGCGUUCUGUGACUGCUGCGGGGUGUGUGCGGAUGAGGAGUGCAUACAGAGGGCAGAUCGCAUCCUCUCAUGUAAGGAGAUCAUGACCCCGAGUCAGACAGAUGGGAGGUUUUGUCAUCAGUGGGUCAGGGGAAAUGUGCCCCUCGCCAGCUACUGUACCGAGUGCAAACAGCAGUGUGGGACGCAACCUAAACUUUGCGACUAUAGGUGUGUAUGGUGUCAGACCACAGUGCAUGAUGACUGCCUUUCUAGUCUGAAAGAUGAUUUAUGUGAUCUUGGAGAGUUCCGCUCUGUUAUCAUCCCUCCGUAUUACCUCUAUCAAGUCAACAAACUCCGCCGAAGGCAUCCUGAGGAGUACAGCAAGCUUGCUGCAGUCUGCGGGAGCGGCUGGACUCCAGUUCUGGUCUUGGCAAACACAAGAAGUGGCAACAACAUGGGGGAGGUUUUGCUGGGAGAAUUUCGUACCCUCCUGAAUCCUGUGCAGGUAUUUGAUCUCUCUGAGCUGCCUCCCUCUAAAGCCCUUCAGCUGUGUACUCUUCUGCCCCCGGGCGGCGUGCGUGUCUUGGUGUGUGGUGGAGAUGGCACCGUAGGCUGGGUCCUGGAUGCCAUUGAUACCAUGAAGCUGAAGGGUCAGGAUCAGUUUAUCCCUCUUGUGAAUAUCUUGCCGCUGGGCACAGGCAAUGACUUAUCAAACUCUUUAGGAUGGGGAGCAGGAUAUGCUGGAGAAAUUCCAGUUGAACAGGUGCUUAGGAAUGUUCUGGAGGCUGAGGUGGUCAAAAUGGACAGGUGGAAAGUUCAAGUUGUCUCCAAAGGAAACUAUUUUCGUAAACCAAAGGUGUUGUCCAUGAAUAAUUAUUUCUCCGUGGGUCCGGAUGCUCUCAUGGCACUGAACUUCCACGCACACAGAGAGAAAACCCCCUCCUUUUUCUCCAGCCGAAUAAUCAAUAAGGCAGUGUACUUCCUCUAUGGAACCAAAGAUUGUUUAGUGCAAGAAUGUAAAGAUCUGGAUAAGAGGAUUGAGCUGGAGCUGGAUGGAGAGCAAGUGACUUUGCCCAGUCUGGAAGGAAUAAUAGUGUGCAAUAUCGGCUACUGGGGUGGUGGCUGUAGACUGUGGGAAGGAAUGGGAGAUGAGCCCUAUCCUCCGACACGUGUUGAUGAUGGUUUAUUAGAGGUGGUGGGAGUGUAUGGCUCAUUCCACUGUGCACAGAUCCAGGUGAAACUGGCCAAUCCCGUGAGACUGGGACAGGCUCAUACAGUACGGCUGGUGUUGAAGAGUUCUCGGAUGCCAAUGCAGGUAGAUGGAGAGCCAUGGGCGCAAGGUCCGUGCACCAUCACCAUUACCCAUAAGACCCAGGCCCUCAUGCUGUACCACAGUGCAGAGCACACAGAUGAUGAUGACUCCAGCGCCUCAGAGGCUGAAGAACCCUCAGCCGAUCACAUGGACACGGCUAGCAACACGCAGGAAACUGUGAGCGUAUCUUAGUAAGGCUGUAAUCAUCCUGUCUGCGCUAUUUCCAACCCAGAAAGCAGCACAGCAUGAACGCCUGGUGUGAUAAAUGUCUGAUGUCGUAAACGUAAAUGUACAUAAUGUGCACGUGCCGCUCUAGUGAUAACAUCUGCAGAGGUUAUUUAAGAGAGGCCCUUUCUCUCUCAAGCACACACAACCGUCCACAAGGUGACUUUAUCUGUCGUUUGUAGAUUUGCAUAUUCGUGUGCUUUUUUUUUUUUUUUUUGCUCCCAGGAACUUACCCAGAAGUGGCUCAGGUUUUAGAUAGUUGGUCCACAAUGGAAUCGUAUUUAGAGCUCAGGCAAUCAUAAAAAAGAAAAUGCAGUCCGGUGGAGAACGUUACAAAGAAAGCUGCUUGGACACAAAUGUUUUUGCACUGGUCUUGAGUGCCAUAGGUCUGUGAAGAUACAACUCACUGCAAAAGUCUUGUGGUUGAGUUGUGUAUGUAAAUGAAGCUGUGCAAUAAUUUAGUUUGGGUCCUUAUGUUUGGUGAAACAACUUUGCACUGCUUGAAUCUAGAGUAGAUUGUGGAUCGGCGUGCCAUCGAUAUCUUAUCAUUUAGCAACUGUUCAACAUGUGUUAUUGGUUUGCUUUAUGAAACGGCAGUAAAAUGUUUCAGGACACUGGAUUAUGAGACCAUUCUUUAUGUUGUUCACGUGUUAUGCUGAUUUAUUGUUUGUUUUCUCCACAUUUCCAUACAGAUGUGUUAUGUUUUUAUGCAUCCUGCUUGAGUAAAAUGUACUUUGCCUAGAAUAUGACCCUCUUGAUAGGGUUUCUGUGUAUUUUCUUUAGUCCCACCUUUCUGUCUUUCUUCUUUCAGUGCAGUUGUAGCAUAAGAAUUGUAAUGUUCUUAAAAAACUAAGACAGGAUUCUCAGCUUUUGGAGUGAUAGUAUGUAAUGUCACAAGCUUCAUAUAGUUGUGUCUGCAUCAGUAGCUUUUCUGUUAGUAACUCUUCCUGAACACAUCUCUUUGCAGGAGGUAGACGUAUUCAUUAAAAACAUUUUUAUUAUUAUUAUUAUUAUUAUUAAUAUGAGGUUUUGCUGAUGUAUUUAAGCAGUGCAUAAUUUGGUUUAGUUAAUUUCACUGAAAAACAAGAUGGCAGCCAUUUUCAUACUUAAUUUAGACCCUUUUUGAAAGAUAAAAGUGAGAAAAAAAAAAUCCAUACUUUUGGUAACACUCAAAGACUCAAUAUUUUCCUGUAAAAUUAUAUUUAGCAGUCGGCUGCAUUUGUUUUAUUAAAAAAAGUUGAGUAAUGUCUGAAAACAUGAGAAAGCUUCUAUACCUUCAGAAAGGAUACAAAUCUAAAUUGUGAUGUUUUUUGAUUAGUGUCUUUGUCAAACAUGUUUAUGUGUAUAAACACUGGAGCAGCACUAGCUGUGAUAAAAACAUUUUUUCUUUACUGUAAUUGCCCUUUUUUUUUCUUUUUACACAGGCUCUGAAUGUGUCAAAGGGGUUUAAAGAUUGUAUUAUUCUCAUGAGGAAUACUGAUUGUUCAUCAUUUGAAGUGUUUGGUAGUGUUAAAUGAAUUGGGAUUAUCUGUGAUGAAUACUUUGCACUGACGUGUGUCUGCUAGGAUCACGAGGUUGACCGUAGCUGCUGCUGGAGCUGGGUUUCAUGUGUAACUAGGCUGGUUGAAGACCUGGACAACACACCAACAUAUACUACAAAAUGGAAAUGAUUAAGCCAAAACAUUUCAUUAGGUUAGAGCAUAAAGAGUUCCACGGUCAAAAAUUUGGUUUUAUUUUUUUAUUGUAUCUAUAUUUUUUUAUUUUAACAAUGUGAGCUGCACAAAUGACCCAAUCACCAUUAUAGAAGCAGGAUUAAGUCAUGCCAUAACAAUUUCACAAAUUCAAUCAACACAACGGAAGAUGAGAGGAAAAAAAGAACAAUGAAUCUAGAUGAUGUUGUAUUUAUUCUUGUAUGAGGUCAUGUAAUGCCUUUAUUGGUAUCAUUUUGAUAUACUUUAUGUAUAUUUUCCUCCCCAACUAUGUACAAUAUUUUAAUUGACAAUUUCAACCAAAAUUGUAAUAUUGCAUAAAGCAAACAAUAAAUGCCUUACUACUA